GAGAGAGAGAGAGAGAGAGAGAGAGAGUUUAUACAGAAGAAAUUCAUCUGGGAACAGUAAAAGGUGCUGAUCUCUGGAACCAAGACAACCCAUCAGAAAUGAAACAGCUGUUCUCAUCACACGUGAAUCUUAGACUGGACUCUGACACCAGGCAUCUUCUUGAUUGUGCAAGAUCCACUGAAUGCACCUCAUGUCUCUGAACUGAAGUGACAUUCACCCCUGGACUUGAAGUCAGUUGCCACGUAUAGAAAUUGAACAUUGAAUUUUGAAGAUGUCGCAACAGAUCUAAAAAUUACACCUCAGUGGGAACACAUUUUACAUUAACUCGCACACAGUUUUCCACCGAGGACCAGACUUUGCCCUUUUGGCACCAUGAUGGAUAUUAGAAAUUUCACAAUCUAAAUAAUUUCCAUGCUGAUACACCUAAUAGCUGUGGCGCCCCUUGCCUUUCUCUCUUGCCCAUGGACCCAUCCAGUGCCAUGCUCUCACAGGCGCUCCUGCUCUUACAGUGCAUUAUUCUGACUCUCGGCCAGUACGAUAUCUGUAAGUCGCUGGUCAGCACAGACGAUGGACCAACAUGGGAAUUUUACGCUUGCCAGCCCAAACCCGUGUCCAUGAAGGAGUACAUGCAGAUUAGAGUGGAGCCUCCCGAUAUCACAUGUGGGAAUCCACCGGAGAGGUUCUGCACUCUGGAAAACCCAUACCUGUGUAGUGACGAAUGCGAUGCCUCCACCAAAGAACUCGCCCAUCCUCCAGUGCUGAUGCAAGAUAGCGAGCGAACCGGACUCAUCACGUACUGGCAGACUGUAACAUGGGGUCGUUAUCCUGAGCCUCUUCUGGCCAACAUAUCCUUAUCCUGGAACAAAAGCCUGGAGUUAGCGGAUGACGUCCAGAUAACCUUUGAGUACGGGCGGCCCACAAAAAUGGUGCUGGACAAGUCCCUGAAUUAUGGACGAACCUGGCAGCCUUACCAGUACUACGCCGACGACUGCAUGGAUGCCUUCGGGAUGUUGCCAAAGAGGGUGCAGGAUCUGUCGGCCACGAACGUGACUAGAGUCAUAUGUACCGAGCAAUACUCUCGCUGGGUCGGUUCCAAGAAUGAGAAGAAUGUGCGGUUCGAGGUCCGGGAACGCUUCGCCAUAUUUGCUGGGACAAAAUUACAAAACAUGGACAACUUGUACACACGCAUGGAGAGUAUGAAAGGCCUCCGAGACUUUUUCACCUUCACAAACCUGCGGCUUCGGCUGCUGAGACCGGCGCUCGGAGGAACUUACGUACAAAGAGACAACCUGCUCAAGUACUUCUACGCCAUCUCCAAUAUCGACAUACCAGCAAGGUGUAAGUGUAACCUCCACGCCGGUCAGUGCUCCCUCCGUGAUGGGACCCUUCAGUGCGACUGUGAGCACAACACCACUGGACAAGACUGUUCAGCCUGCGAGAGAGGAUUCAAAGCCAAGUCCUGGAAGCCUGGCUCCUACCUGCCCACCCCGAACGGCUCGCCGAACAUUUGUGAGGCGUCGGGAACGUCUGACAUGCCAACACUAGCAGUUACGCUUGAUCCUGCCACUGUACCAAUGUCCAUAACUACAUCCAUAACACCACCCACAGUCCAACUGACAUCAGACUCAACACCAGCCGCCACAGGUUCAGUCCAGCCGAUCGCAGUAACCCAGACUCGGGGUACAUCAGCGUCUGUAAACAUGUUUACAGUUUCCGCAGCACCAGAUGUGAUACCCGAUGCGGCCACUGCAGCAACCGACACUGGCUUUGUUGCAAGCAAUCCACUUUCUGUUCUUCCUGAGGUUACUGAUUCAUCUGCCUCAUCCUCUGGCGGCACUGCAACAACAAUUAAUACGGACAUCCAAGCAAUAUCUACUGCAACCAUGGCAACAACACCUUCUGCAACCAUGGCAACUUCUGAAACAACAUCUUCAGCAUCAGCUAGCACCAUUCAACUGCCAACAUCUCUUGCUGUUGAUGCAGUUUCCCUUGUUUCUGAUGGAUCUCUAGUGGAAGUGGGUGCAAUGGUUACAGCAAAUACUGCAGUAAACUUAAUUACAAGCACAGUUAUGUCCUCAACCGAUGCAGUGAUGAAGACAGUUGAUGCACUCCCUCCAGACAUUGAUUUGAUUGUCCCAGCAUCUGAUGUUCCUCUAACUCCCACAUCUGAUGGUGAUGCACCUGCAACUGAUGCCGUCGCAGCUGUAACAGAUGCUCCAGCAACAGUUACAGUUUCUCCUGAGAUUGCUUCCAUUGCCCCAGGAACUUCAGACUCAGAUGCUCCUGAAAGUCCAGGUGAUGCAGAAGCAACCAAUGUGUCUAAUGAAAUGAAACCUGCUCCUGAAGAGCCAGGUGAUGGUGCUGAAAUUGUCACCGCAGGUGCGGAAACAGUCACUGAUCCUGCUCCUCAACCUAAUGCUGAGACUGACAGUAAACCUCCAUCCGAAGUAGGAGAGAAGAGUGAAGUUCCUCUUGUUGAGACCAAGGAAAAAACAGCGAUAAAUAUGGAGAAGACAGAUAAAGAUGCUCCUGAAAGUAAACCUCCAUCUGAAGUAGGAGAGAAGAGUGAAGUUCCUCUUGCUGAGACCAACGAGGGGAAAACAGCAACGAACUUGGAGAAGAAAGAUAAAGAUGCUCCUGAAAGUAAACCUCAAUCUAAAGUAGGAGAAAACAGUGAAGUUCCUCUAGCUGAGUCCAAGGAGAAAAAAACAGCAACAAACUUGGAGAAGAAAGAUAAAAAUGUAAAAGCCCCAGUAUCUGGUGACAUUAAGAAGAAGAACGAGGCUGGGAAAACCGGAGACAGCAGGGAAGCCAAAGAGGAAAAGAAAGAGAAGGAAAAAAAGAAAGAAAAAGAUUAUGAAAAGAAAGACUAUGAGAAGAAAGUUGUUGCGAGGAUUUUGAUCCCUGGGGGGCCAAAAACACAGUUGUCAAGAAUAGCGUACAUCAGAUUUCAAGACUGCGAGUGCAACGGUCACUCAAAUCGCUGCAGUUACAUUGAUUUCAUCAACAUUGUGACUUGUGUGAGCUGCAAACACAACACUAGAGGGCAGAACUGUCAGCACUGCCGCCUCGGGUACUUCCGGAAUGCUUCUGCUGAGCUGGACGAUGAGAAUGUUUGCAUAGAGUGUAACUGUAAUCAGCUGGGCUCCUUUCACGCCCGGUGCAAUGACACAGGCUUCUGCCAGUGUCGAGAGGGCAGCACGGGCCAGAAGUGUGAGGACUGCCUGCCUGGAUAUACCUGGAAGCAAGGCUGCGUGCCAAACGUGUGUGACGAUGAGCUCCUCCGGUGUCAGAACGGUGGCUCCUGCAUCCAGAACCAGAAGUGCGUGUGUCCGCCCAGCUUUAGAGGUGUUUUGUGCGAGCAGCCACGCUGCCAGGGCGAGAAAGGGUGCGACGGCGCAUCGGCCUGCUACCUCAGCACACUGACGCUGCUGCUCUGCCUUCUAGCCAACAGCCUGCUUAAAGCCAGCGCCUAGAAACCCAUCUUAGUCCUGAUAUCGAUCCUAGUCUACGCAGGCCAAAGGGCUGAACCCUGCGGAUGGAGAGAGAGUGGCCUGGACCCGUACGGACCCAGCCUCACGGUGCUGAAAUCUUUUUUGGAAAUGGCGGCGGCUGCGCUGAGGUCAAAACGCCUUCAUGAGACGAGCAGUUUAUUUCUCGUCUACUAGCAUCACUGAUCGCCUGAACUUUAUACCAAAAACAGAAUAAAAACAACUUAAGUCAGUUUCAGCUCACUCUACACAAAACUCUACAGAAAGUGGAGAAAUAUAUAGAUGCGGAUUCAUUUCCUUUGCAUUUCUACUUUCUCUGUAGUUUCGGCGCUCACCGAGGUACAAGCACUGCACUUAGCUAGCUUGUUUUAGCGAACAACAAACGGUCGAUAUCACGGAAGCCUACUUAUGCCAAGUUAUUCUUCUUCUCUUGAAGACUUGUUUUUACGUUUCCUUUCAUUGCUGCAUUUUUCCUCGCAUUUUAUUGCCAUUGAGGUUGUAACAAGUAGAUGAAACCGAUGGAAAAGAUGUUUAAUCGCCGAAUGAAUGUCUCUAUAGCUUGUGUUUGAGAUUAUGUUUAUGGAAUGUAGAAAGAGGUUUUAAAUUGUCACACUGAACAAAUAUACAUAUAUCAGUCUACCUGAAAGGAAAUAUGAAGUAUUGUAUAUUAUGAUUAUUAUUAUUUCAAUAUUUUUUGUAGAAAUUGUUAUUUUUGUUGAGUAAUGGUUACCAUUGUAAAGACAUUGCAACCUUUAUUGCAGUGCAUAUGGUAUUCACACCAUGGUAAAACUAUAUUUGAUGAUACAUCAGAGUGCAUCUCUAAUAUAUUUGGAAUAUUUCUCCAUUCAUAUCAUUAAAUAAAGCAUAAACGGUUCAUUACAUGCACAGCUUUAGCUCAAUGUAACCUGCACAUCAUCUUGUUACUGGCAUGCAUUCAUCAGUGCAGAUAUGACCAUUCAGGACUGCUUAUUAACACAGGAUGAUAAGUACAUUCCUAAAGCACAAAGUCCCACAAACCCCCAAAAAAUACUAGAUAAUUAUGAAGCACAGAAAGAAAGAAAAAAUGCAUCGUCAAGCAACACAAUUAGAAUGGCCAUUCAGAUUAACAAUUAAUAAUACAUAUUGAAA